CCUGCUUGAGUGAGCUAUAUGUAGCCCCGAUCACCGGCACCGCUACCACUGCGCUUGAAGCACGCGUCGCGUACGAAUCGGUAUAAACGCUCGCAUUUCGUUCCCUUGUUCUCGCCUAGAGUCUAGUGAAUGACGUCAUUAAGAGAAUACAAGCUGCGAAUGGAUAUUUGAAUUUUACACGAAAACUAAACUGAUGCUUCUCUACAGUCCCAAGAAUGCAACCUUAGUGGAAUGAAAAGAGUGUAGAAACUUUAUGAGUAGUAUGAGCAAUUGAGAGGGUGGAAGGGGAGGGGGCAGGAAAAAGCAUACAAAGCAGAAGCAGGAAUAGGUUGACUGAUACCAGAAGAAACAUAAACAUGCCGAGAGCUUUCCUUAUCACUAGGCAUCGGUUUGAUAGCACCGGUGAGUUCGAGGAAAUUGGUUGGGAAUGCAGCCCUGAACGAGGACUACAGUUAGCAGAGUAUGGUGGUGGCCAACAGCAGACAUCUGACGGUGCGAGCGAAUGUAACAGUGAAAAUUCUAGCGAGUGUCCUGAAGAGCUCUACAAUCUUACAAAACUCGCCGAGGUAAGUCUAGCCGCAGCCGCUGGCACCCUCGUGCACCCAACUACGAGCAGUUUACAUAAAACCGACACCACGCGACUUUUCUUCGGACGGAUUAACUCUAAACGUGAAAGUCUCCUUCAGCUUGAACCUAGAAGAAUCAGGGAUGAAACUCUACUGGAGACCAAACGUUACACUGUACAGCUCAAAGCCAAUGGUAGUUCUCCUAUGGAAACGACAAUGAGAUUAACAACGACAAUGGCAUCUACCGAUAGUAAGAUCAGCUUUAUGAGAACUGAACAGCAAGAUAGUACUGAGGAACAUGAAUGUCCAGAUUGCGGCAAGAAAUAUUCAACCUCCUCCAAUCUCGCCCGUCAUCGUCAAACUCAUCGAUCGUUAGGUGACAAGAAAGCGCGUCGCUGCCCCCAUUGCGAUAAGGUUUAUGUUAGUAUUCCAGCCUUUAGUAUGCACAUGAGAACUCAUAAUCAAGGUUGCAAAUGUCAUUACUGUGGCAAGUGCUUUUCUAGGCCUUGGCUUUUACAGGGUCAUAUUCGUACCCAUACAGGUGAAAAGCCGUUUAAAUGCACGAUUUGCGAUAAAGCUUUCGCAGAUAAAUCCAAUCUCCGAGCCCACAUUCAAACCCACUCAAAUACAAAGCCUCAUAUUUGUUCUCGCUGUGGCAAAGCCUUUGCUCUUAAGUCAUAUCUUUACAAGCACGAGGAGUCCUCCUGCAUGCGAGCGCAUCACCAUCAGCAACGUGAUAAACGCGAAAUAUCUAUUAAUCCCACUUCAUUGAAUCAACUUUCCACUAUUAAAAUAUCGUCCAACAGCAUUAACGCAACCAGUGAUCAGCGAACCAAUUUACCUAUAAGCGUUAUAGUUCCCCCACGUAAUUCUCGUAACUUAAUACCAUUAAAAGAACAACAGGCACAUCCCAAUUCAAUUUUUUCAGCUAUCAUCGAACACACGAGAAUGGCUCCUGAUAGAAUAGAUAAUGAUCUUGUACCAAAAGGAUUGAUUUGUACAACUAAAGAAAUAAUGGACUGUAAAACCCAACAGAAUGAAAGUCUGCUUUCGAGAAUGGUCAUACGGACGUCUGUUAUAUCACCUAAUCCAAAGCAUUUAACUAAGUACAAUGAGAGAACAAUGUUAUUUCAUCAGACACAGCAACAAUUACAGCAGAGUAGUCAGUCUUUUCGUUUCAAUAAUCCUACUACAGUAUUGCCAUUCUCGAAACCUGAAUCAAUGACGCUUAAUAUAGCAAUAGCUUAACUUAGUAUCGACAAAAGAAUUAAUACUGAUGUUUAUAUUAACGAUGGAAAACUGAAAAAAUAUUCUAUCACGCAAAAAAUAAAUACUUUGUUUUUU